ACACUCAGAACACAGUCUAUUGCAAUAUUCUAUUCGACUCACAUCAGUCAGCCGUUUUUCUGUAUCAGGACAAGUAGCGACUAACAAUGAUGGAAAUAAAUUCCCGAGCACUGUGCCGGACGGUCGUGUUGGCGAUGAUCGCCUUAUUCCACCUCGCCGAGCCCUUCAGCAGGAAUGACCUGACUCCAGCCUGUGAUUCCAUGAUGCCUGGGCAUGGAUUCCAACCGCAGAGCAGCCUUCCACCAUUCCAGUUGGUCGCUAACCGUGACGCUGACGGCAAAUAUACAGUGACCUUAAGCACGUUAGACGGCACAAAAUUCGAAGGAUUCUUCAUCCAAGCUCGAAACCAAAACAACGCUCAGGUUGGAGCCUUUCAGGAUGUUGGCCCCUCGGCCAGAAUCAUCGGAUGCCCUCCGGGGUCCGCUGUCCAACACGACGGAAAAAGGAAGAAGACGCAGGUGUCUGCUCGGUGGGAUCCACAGACUUAUCACGGACCUGUACAGUUUAGGGCCACUGUGGUAAAGAGCUAUAAAACUUUCUGGAUAAAUUUGAACAAUGACCAGGUCGUGCCCUAGACGUCUGUCUCUUGGCUUGAAUACCCACCCUACCCUGAUGACCGUCUUCAAAGAUAUGAAUCUGAUAAUUCACUGUUUUGCUUCAUUAAAAGAUGUCUUAUUUGUUUUGCAGCCAUUUGAAUAAUCAAUGGUGGAUUUAAAAAAAAAAAGGUAGAAAUGUUGAAGAAAUAAUCUUAUGUCAUUUGCUUAAAUAUUAAGAAAGUUUUCUGAGAAAGAACAAAUAAGUACUUUAUAACUGCUGUUUCUGAAAGGCUGCUUAUCAGUGCAGCAACAAUUAUAUCUAAUUUCUGCUUUAAAAUUAAGUCGUCUUCACUUACUCCCAUUUACGUAGUAACUUGUAGAAUCUGAUUACCAUAACCAUGACAGCCCAGUAACCUGUAAAAUGAGUUUCAUAAACGGAUACCAAAUGGCAUUGAAAGUCCAUCUUUUGAAUAGUAACUAUAUAUGCUAACUGAAAUCCAGUGAUUUCACAAGAGGGGUUGGUAUUCUACUCGGCCUAAAUUGUAUUCCAUUGGUCAAAAUGAAUCUUAAAGAUGACGAUGGAUGCAAGAAAUCUCUUUUUCUCAGCAACGUCUGAAGGAAGCUUGUGUGGCGCGGUUACAUCCCCUAUGCAUAGGUACUCCGUUUGCGAAAAUCACAUUUCCUGUCUUUUCUUUUGCCUCUCAAUUUCUAUUCUGGCCUUUACUUUGAGCUCAUGUAAUUUGGAAAGCUGUCAACAUUAUAAUCCCUAAUUAAACAGAAAAUGGU